ACGCUUUCAAGAUCACUCCCUUGCAACUUGCCACCAUCCUUCCAUGUGUUAUUCAAAAAGGUUAGCUUCUGAAUAACCCAAAUAGCAAUUUCAGAGUUUAGCAAAAUUAUAUAUAUAUAUAUAUAUUUUUGUGAAGUGGAGUCGCGUAGCCAGUCACAGUGAGCAGCCAUGGCCACCCACGCAGCUCUGGCUUCUACUAGAAUUCCUACCAACACAAGGCUUCCCUCCAAGCCUUCCUGCUCUUUCUCCACUCGCUGCUCCUCCAAGCGGCUCAAUGUGGCUGACUUCAAUGGGCUAAGAUCUGCUUCCCUGGCCUUCUCCAACAAUGGAAGAGAAGGAUCUUUCUUCGAUGUCGUGGCCGCUCAACUUACUCCCAAGGCAGUAGGAUCAUCUCCUAUCAGGGGAGAAACAGUGGCUAAACUCAAGGUGGCAAUCAAUGGAUUUGGACGAAUUGGCAGAAACUUUCUGCGGUGCUGGCAUGGCAGGAAAGACUCGCCUCUUGAGGUCAUUGUCGUCAAUGACAGUGGCGGUGUUAAGAAUGCCUCCCACUUGCUAAAAUAUGAUUCCAUGCUGGGAACUUUCAAAGCGGAUGUGAAAAUUGUGGACAAUGAAACCAUAUCUGUUGAUGGUAAACCAAUCAAGGUUGUCUCAAGCAGAGACCCCCUCAAGCUUCCUUGGGCUGAGCUUGGCAUCGACAUCGUUAUCGAGGGUACAGGAGUGUUUGUGGAUGGCCCAGGUGCAGGAAAACACAUCCAAGCUGGUGCAAAGAAGGUCAUCAUCACUGCUCCAGCAAAAGGUGCUGAUAUCCCAACAUAUGUUGUUGGGGUGAAUGAAAAAGAUUACUACCACGACGUCGCUAACAUUGUUAGCAAUGCUUCUUGCACCACCAAUUGCCUUGCUCCUUUUGUGAAGAUCAUUGAUGAAGAAUUCGGCAUUGUGAAGGGAACCAUGACGACCACUCACUCCUACACUGGAGACCAGAGACUUCUGGAUGCAUCACACCGUGACUUGAGGCGUGCAAGGGCAGCAGCUCUGAACAUUGUCCCUACAAGCACUGGUGCAGCAAAGGCUGUGUCCCUUGUGUUACCCCAGCUUAAGGGCAAGCUCAACGGUAUUGCACUUCGUGUGCCUACUCCAAACGUUUCAGUUGUCGACCUUGUCGUGAACAUUGAGAAGAAAGGCAUCUCAGCAGACGAUGUCAAUGCUGCCUUCAGAAAGGCAGCUGACGGACCAUUGAAGGGCAUUUUAGCCGUGUGCGAUAUCCCUCUUGUUUCUGUGGACUUCAAGUGCACUGAUGUUUCCUCCACAAUUGACUCUUCACUAACAAUGGUAAUGGGUGAUGAUAUGCUCAAGGUCGUUGCCUGGUAUGACAAUGAAUGGGGAUACAGUCAAAGAGUUGUCGACUUGGCUCAUUUGGUGGCGAGCAAAUGGCCGGGUGCGGGAUCGGGCAAAAGCGGAGAUCCAUUGGAGGACUUCUGCCAGACUAACCCAGCUGACGAAGAGUGCAAAGUUUAUGAAGCUUAGGCAUCAAGUCUCUUGUUGGCUGCUUGAGUCUAGGUUGUUCCUGUGCAUGAAUGUACAAUGUUUGUUUUGAAUUCAAAAUUUUAAGGAAGAGAUCUAUAGCAUUUUAAGGCAGUGCUCUAAAACUGCAAUAACCUUUGAAAGGGAACAAGAAUUAAUGAAAACCACGUGGACCAUCACCUUUGUUACA